AUGGCAUCCAACGGUAGCGGCACCAAUGGCCACACCAAGCAACGCACGCCUCUCCGGCCAGGCAUCUACUCGCCUACCAUGACUUUUUUCAACCCAGAAACCGAGGAGCUAGACAUUCCAGUUAUCAAGAAGCACGCAGUACGACUUGCCGAGGCUGGCCUCGUCGGUCUGGUCACCAUGGGAUCAAACGGAGAGGCCGUGCACCUCUCGCGAGCCGAGAAGACUGCAGUCACUCGAGCCACACGUGAGGCUCUCGACGAGGCUGGCUACCAAAACGUGCCCGUCAUCGUAGGCGCAUCCGAGCACGGUAUCCAGCUCACCAUUGAGCUGUGCAAGGAGGCCGAGGCCGCCGGCGGCGAAUAUGCCCUCAUUCUGCCCCCCAGCUACUACCGCUACGCCAUUGACGAAGACGCCAUCUACGAGUACUUUACCAAAGUAGCAGACGGCUCCCCAAUUCCCAUUAUGCUAUACAACUACCCAGGUGCCGUGGCCGGCAUCGACAUGGACAGCGAUCUCCUCAUCAAGCUAGCUAAGCACCCCAACAUUGUCGGCACAAAGUUCACCUGCGGCAACACAGGCAAGCUCACACGCGUGGCUCUGGCCACCAAUGCUUGCACAGCCAAGUCCAGCCCCGGUGGCUACAUGGCCUUUGGCGGCAUGGCCGAUUUCACCGCCCAAACCGCUGCCAGCGGCGGCUCAGGCAUCAUCGCCGGCGGCGCAAACGUUAUCCCCAAGACGUGUGUCAAGGUGUGGAAUCUCUGUGCACAAGGCAAGUACGAGGAAGCCUUUGAGCUGCAAAAAGUACUCAGCAAGGGCGACUGGGUCCUGACCAAAUCCGCUAUCCCGGGAACAAAGUCGGCCAUUCAGUCAUAUUACGGCUACGGCGGUUACCCUCGCAAGCCGCUCAAGAGGCUGUCACAGGAAAAGGUUGAUGCUGUUGCCGAGGGAAUCAAGGAGGUCAUGGAGGUGGAGAAGAGUUUAUAG